CCUGUAUAUAAACAUUUCUCCACCAUACCCGGUUCGACCAGUGAUCGUUAUCGAACGCAUGUGCCUAGUGUGUCACCGCGCCGUGUGAGAUCUUUGUUUGAACAGAAAGGUAUCUAGCGCGUACCACGCAUCAAACCGGAAACGAUGGCGACUUCAUGGAUACCAUCGAGCGUACAUGGACCGUUCCCACCGAACAUGGUGCCGGGCGGUGUGGACAGUGAUGGUGCGCAAAUUUACGUUGGCCGAGCACAUCACGCCGGUGAUCUGAUACCCGCGAAAGUGAUCCCGGAUAAGAGUGCCGCAUACGUGGCGUACGGUGGCGAGGAAACGCUGGUCCAUCAGGUCGAGGUGUUGGUCCAUAAGCAACUGAUGUGGGACACGGCUUCGGCCGGCCAGGUACCACUCGGUGCCGUCAUCGGUGGGCAUACGUCCGAUGGUGAAACGCUGUACAUUGGCCGCACCUAUCACGAGGGUUCGCAAACGAUCGGUAAGGUGCAGUGUUCGCACAACUGCAUCUACAUCCCGUACGGUGGUGCUGAAGUGUCCGUACCAACGUACGAAGUGCUGUGCGAACGGGAUUUCGGAAUCCAGCCACCAGCUUACAGUACCCGUGGCUAUCAACCGAUCUGUUACGGCACCGAUCCAACAGUGCGGUGCAUCAUCAUGAGCGGCGGAGGUUAUUCUCAUUAUGGAUUUCAUCCCGAUUACUUGUCUAAUCCAUCGGGCUUAUCGUACGGCGCAACCGAACCGUCGGCACCGUCCGCUUUUGCUGGUCGUCGAAAAUCCAGCUCAUCUUCCGACUCAUCCCGCUCCCCAUCCAUAUCCGGCACGGUUAAGCCGCAGGUUUAUGGAACAGCGGUACCGAACGAAUUCGCUGGCUGUUGGCAACACUGCAAUGUUAGCGGACCAUUCCCACCGAAUAUGGUCCGGGCCGGUGUGGAUUGCGAUGGCGAGGUGAUCUACGUUGGCCGUGCGUUCCACGAGGGCGAUAUGGUUCCGGCAAAGGUGAUUCCCACCAAGAAUGUGGCCUUCGUUUGUCACGGUGGCGAGGAGGUCCUGAAGGAGGACUUUGAGGUGCUGCGCUACGGUGCAUUCGUGUGGGAGUAUGCAUCGAACGGUUCCGUACCGGAAACGGCAAUGAGAAUUGGCCAAACGACUGAAGGUGAACCGCUGUACAUGGGCCGAGCCAUCUAUAGCGGUUCGCAAACUCCAGGGAAGGUUCAUCCGUCGCACGGUUGCUGCUAUCUGCCGUUCGAUGGUGCAGAAGUUAGUGUAACCGAUUAUGAGGUGCUGUGCAUUCGAUAAGCUGUGAAGAUCGAAACGUGAUUUAAAUCGGUUGUGGUACGAUAGCGAUACCGUAAUAAAAGCGAAAGGAAAUAUAUUUGUAACUGUU